CUCAAUUAUUCCCUUUUCUUAUUACUAACAACAUGAACAGAUUACUUGCUCUUUACUGCUUGAUCUUCUCAGUUAUCGCUUACGUUAGCGCUGAUUUUCACAUAUCUACUGGUGUUGCUACUGGUGGACGUACUGGUGUAGUUGCUUGCCCUUCUAACUACUGGAACUGUAAUUGCUAUGGUAAAGGUGAUAGAGCCGGUGUUGUUACCGAUGCCAACAACUCAGGUCUUGGAAACAUUACGCCUGAUACGAACUUUUUCAAGAUCAGAAAGGGUCUCUGUGGUAUGGGCGAAAUGAACUUUUACAAGAGAAACGAUGGAAGGUGGGAGUUCUACGCCAACAAUGGUGAUGGUAAGCUUCUUGGUACAUGCUAUGAAAACAAGGCAAUCAAGAAAUGUACCACAGUUUUGCUCACCGACAAGCUUGUUUGUUACUCUUACAUCUGUAACCCUUAGUUCUUGAUACAGUACUGUGAAUAAAAGCUUUUCAUUUUAAUAAUAUGCUACCAAAUG